AUGGCUGCCCCUACCUCGGUGGAGGAUGCUGUCGCAUUCAGCUCACCAUCAGCGUUGCUGGCUCUUGGCUUGGGCGGUAUCACGCCAUCUCCUGCGGGGAACGAUGCUCUAACCGGGCCAGGGAUCAACGAAAAUGGUAUCCAUUCAAUGGGGAUGUCGGCCUUGGGUAUGGGUGGCCCAAGGGACACUGAUGAAGAGAAAGCUCGCCGAAUGGAAGAGGUGAUCCGUCUGCUGAGAACUCGUGUUUCUGGAAGAGGCAUAUGUCGUGAAGGUGUGGAGAGGCUAGGGAAGUUUGAGGGCUUCGAAUGUAUGUGGCAAGAAAAUAUACUAAGCAUUGCUGGGAACCUUGUGGAUUUGGAGAUCCAGUUUGAAGAUGGGUCGGAGAACGUUAAGGAUGUCAGCUUAAAGUAUACAACUCCAAGUGCUGUGGAAGGGGAAAGACGAGUAGAGGCUUCUGCGGUACUAAAGCGAGAUCUAAUGCAGACUGUUGGAAAGAAUGAAGAGAUUCCUUGGAAAAGCCUUGAUGCGUUCCAUUCGAAUUUACAUAGGCUAGCCAAAUUGGAUUGGCUCAGUCAGGAGAUCAAUUGCUUUGAAGCAGUCGAAGGACUGUACAAGAGUUUGAAACGACUAUGGGAAGGUGAAUUAAGCCGAUAUCCAGGGAGGGGCCAUUGUGAACAUGUUUGCACGAGCCAGGUGGGCCAUCCCGGCAUCCACCAAGACGGCCGGAUUGGUCUGAGCCUCCAAUAUUGGGUUGAGCAAAGACAGACUUUGGAUUCAAAUCGGAAUGGCCGUCCGAAUGCCAUGAAUAUUGAUCAACCCACCCCAGACGAUCGAAAGCCCGCCCCUGCCAAGACACAUAAGACAUGGAGAGCAGCGAUCGAGUGUGAAGAAGGCUACCCAUUAUUACGAGUGUCUAAGGAAUGGAUCGCGGCCGAACUUUUUACAACUAUGAAUAACGGGGACUCCUCUUUAACCGCCGACGGGAACGACUCUGAGAUUUUGUUAGUCAACUGGAUUGAACCUCCUGCCACCCUCGUCAGCAACCCAAACGAUGUUCCUCUCGAUUCUACUGCCUUGGGUACUACGACACCAAAUCGGCGUUUCGUUGCACGCUUGGAACCACCUAUCGAUAUGCCUAUAAUCGCAGCAGCGGAAGUAUACAGGCUACUUGGGAUGAACAUGCCCGUGGAGCCCAAAACGGUUACAUAUGAUGGACUGGUAGUUCCUCUGCCAAACUUAACUUCGACAGGAGACGGUCAAGAUGAAAAUAGUUUGGCAGCGCCCAACGGAAGAAUUCAUGAAAAAGUUGUGUAUAGCUUUGACGACGAUUGCCAACCGAGAAAACACCGGCAUAUAUACACUUUCCACCCCUUUGAACAUAUUGUCGGACGCACCAUACGUGAUCUUCCGUUUUCUCACCCUCGGCAGUUGGCUGAUGUUCUUCCUGUCGAGCAAAUCUCCCUCAGCCCACUCGGUAAUCUCAGCCUCGCCAAAGCAGACGUCCAAGUCUGA